GACGUUUGGCUGAACUGCAACGGAAUCAUCAUCUCCUUAAUUUGAAUGGAGAAGAGAGCAAGAACGUGGCAGAAUGGAGCUAAAGCAGAGAGCAAAUGGCGGCCCAGCCCUGCCCUUGCUCCGGCGCCGCCCUCAUUUUCCCACAACGCCAAAACUCCUAUCAUCACGUUCUCCGUCUUGGGUGUCUCUCCUUUUCUCGUCUUCGUCGUCGUUUAUGUCCACAAGCCGCCCGGCAAAGUAGGAGAAGUAGAAGAAACUGGGACUCAAAUGCCGAGACCGUCCGUACAGAAAGCUUCAGUUUCAAUCCCCAAUCCGAUGAUAAAGAAGAGGAGGAUGAAGACGGCAGUUCUGGGAGUUUGGAGGAGGUCAUUGAUAGCCUUUGGGGUUUCAAGGUAAUCUCUCACACCCCCAUUUUAUCUGAGAGUAUAAAUUUCUUAGUUGACUAUACUAAAUCAAUUUCUGUUCUUUGAUUCUCAAAUGGGGUUGAUAAACUGAGCGGAUUUUU